AUGGAUGAAAAUUCUCCACUAAUUCAACGUAGCAAGUCGGUAGCAGCUUACAAUCGAGAUUUGUCGGAUUCUUCUGAUAGACAACAGAAAACCUUUAAAUCUCCCAAAAGUUAUUCAAUUUCAAAGAAACCCUCAAUAUAUACUAAUUUAUUAUCCGUACCAAUACAUUUCGAUCGUAUCUCUGAAAAUGGUGAAGCUUGGGUGAAAAGUCAAAAUGAUUUUUUUAAGAGGGCUGGAAAAGCACCUAGCAUUAGGCGGAGACUUGCAUAUAAAUAUGAUACGGGGAAAAAAGGGAGAAUUUGGGAACUUUUUGAUGCCUUCUUGUCCAUACCUGAGGAAUGUGAUCAGGCUUGCGUAAUUUUUUUUGACCUUAAAAGAUAUUCUAAAUUUUUUACAAACCAGAGCACAUACUAUGUAAUUAAGGAUGUUUACGAGUUCCCUAAUAUUCUCCGAAUUAUGGAUUUUAUUUUGGCAUGCCUCAUUCUCAUUCAGUUUCUUCCUCGCGUUUGGUUGGCAAAAAACUAUUUGCAAUAUUUAGCAAAUUCUCUUGCAAUUACAACCUGGAUUUCUGUGUUUCCUGUGAUCGCGGCCUUCAUAACCCGAUUCUUUAUUAGGGAAAUGGAUAAUACUUACAUGGGUGUUGACAGAUUUGUCUAUGUUUACCCAUUACGUUUCUUUCGUGCUCUUGUGUCUGUACAUUUAUGUUUUACUCCUGUUAAAAGUUCAUUGUUCAGGAUGUCUAAGCUUUUGAGAAAAGGCCUCAAAAUAAGCACUACGAUAUUAUUUACAAUCCUUGCUGUUUCUUCGUGGAUUCAUAUAAUAACAUAUUAUGAUGAAUUGUCUGAAGGCAUAGAUUAUUUUGAUGCAACUUGGUUCACUGUAGCAGAAAAGAAUAUAGAGCACAUAAUAAUCACCGGAAGCUUUGAUGCAAUGAGUUUAUUUGAAUUUUUACGUGAAUUCUUUUGUCAAGAUCAUGGAAUGACCACUAUGAAUACUUUCGCUUUGAUUCUGAAUCCGGAUGAGCCUGAUGAUGAUACUGCAUUAUUAUUAGAAGAUCCUGCAUUUAUCAAUAGAGUUCAAUACAUUAAAGGAUCUCCUGCAUUUCGUAGAAGUCUUGAAAAAGUUAAAGCAGAUACUGCCAGUGCUGCAUUUUUACUAUCUCCAAAAUUUUCAAGUAAUAGAGAUAAAGAUGAUGCCGCACAAAUAAUACGAUCCUUGGCUUUGAAAAAAUACAAUCGAGAACUGCCACUUUAUGUUCAAGUACUUUUACCGGAGAAUGUUCCUCAUUUUGACUUGCUAGCAAAGGAUAUUUUAUGUAUUGAUGAAAUUUCCAUGGGUCUAAUGGCGCAAAGUUUGGUCACACCUGGAUUUGCAUCUCUAAUUGUGCUUCUUACCAUAUCUAUUACGGACCAAAUUGCACAUGAACUGAAAGUCAAUGCAAACCAUAUUAAAGGAGCAAAUACUUGGGCAAUCGAAUAUAUUAAUGGUGCUCAAUACGAAAUCUAUGCUGCUUCACUUUCAGACUAUUUUAGAGGAAAGACAUUCUUGGAAUGUUCGGAAAUCAUAUACACCCAACUAGAUGUUACCUUAUUUGCUAUUGGAGCCGUAAAAAGUCAAUUAGGCGCAUUAUUUAAUCAUUCUUACCCAUUUCAAAUAUUUCUAAAUCCUCAAGAUUAUGUAAUUAAAGGAGAUGAGAUCGUAUUUGUUAUAUCUGACAAUGCUGAAAUAGCAUUACGACUGGCUCAGUUUAAUAAACCUGAUCACGAAGGAAGUUUGGCUCAAGACACGGAGUCUGUUGUUAUACAAUCAACGCAUAAAUUGGAUGAUGACGGACAUUACUCUUCUAAUGAUGCGCUUAGUGUACCAAUAAGUCAAUCUAAACUUGCAAGACAAAAAUCUUUAUCUGAGGAAGAAAGCAGAAUACAGGUGUCGUCACUAGUGGAAAAUACACAUGUUUUCUCAGCUCCAAUGACAACUUCGUUACGCGCGGAAAUCUUAAAACAUAAUAUUAUUAUGGCCAGGGCCAAUUGUGAUGAAUCACUCAUUGAUUCAGAGAUUAAAAAUAUAAAAAACCACGUGUUAAUUUGUGAUAACAGUGACGAAUUUCCUCUUAAUUUAGAUAUCUUUAUAAUGGUGCUUCGUGAGAACAAUUCAAAGUGUCAUAAUAUGCCAGUGGUUAUCCUUUCAUAUAGUCAACCAUCGGAAUCGCAGAAGCGGGCAUUAAAAAAAUUUAAGGAUGUAUAUUUUGUUCAUGGGUCACCUUUGAGACGGAACGAUCUUUUCCGAGCUAGAGCUCAUGUUGCGAAAAAAUGUAUGAUAUUGAGUAGUGUUACAAGUCAUUACGGGACAAACGAUGGAACGGCAGAUGCCACUUCACUCAUGACGGCAUUGAAUAUUGAGGCACUUGCACUAGAUGAUUGCUUUAUAUUGGUUGAGUGUGUACACCGAGAAACAUUUAAAAUGAUAGGAGAAAGUGAUUCGAUUAAGAAUAAUCAAGAAGAUUAUAAUGAUGAAAGUUUAUCACCAAAGAUUGAUAUACAACAGGAUGAUGGCAAUUAUUGGACUAAUCUUGGUCUUAGUUCAGGUCAUGUGUUUCAGGUUGAAAUCCCUCCUUUAUAUAUAGGUCAAAAAUAUAAAGCGCUUCACAGACAUCUAGUCAGAGCGCAUAAAGCAAUAGCGCUUGGACUAUACCGAUAUGUUAUACAUAAUAAUCAAGGAUUACGGUAUGUUUACGUUAGUCCUGAUAAAAAUUGCAUUUUAAAGGAGAAUGAUCUAGUGUAUAUUAUAGCUUCAAAAUCACCAGUUUUUGAUGAAGAUAUUAGUACCGUUCCGGAAGAGUGA